AUGACUAGGGUUCGAAGCAUUACUUGUAUGUUCUUCCUAAUUUGUUCAAUAACACUUAAUGUCUUAAUGAUCACUUUGUUUUUUGGUGGUGGAUGCGAGAAAAGAUGGACAAAGUUGGCGGCUGAAGAAGCCGAAAAUGUUGCAUCUAUUUCUUGCUCAGGCCACGGAAGGGUAUUCUUAGAUAGUUUAGGUGCUGGUAUUGGCAAGCCCAUUUGUGAAUGUAAUGCUUGCUUUAAAGGCUCUGAUUGCGCAGAGUUUGUUCCCGAUUGUGUGGUGGAUGCAGAUAGUGGAGAUCCCAUGUUCUUGGAGCCCUUCUGGCUGAAGCAUGCAUCUAGCAGUGCUGUUGUGGUUCCAGGAUGGCAUCGUAUGAGCUACGAAUUCAAUGAUUGUUCUCUCAUCUCAAAAGAACUCAAGAUGCACAUCCGAAAACUUCAUGCUACUGUAGGAAAUGCUAACACAGAUGGAAGAUACAUGAUUUUUGGUGCUGGGGCGACCCAACUUCUUAAUGCAGCUGUGCAUUCUCUUUCCUCUCAUGAUUAUCCAUCUUCCCCUUCAAGGAUUGUAGCUUCAGUCCCAUACUACCCGGUUUAUAAAGAGCAAACACAGUUCUUCCAAUCUAAUAAUUACAAGUUUAGUGGAGAAACUUCGAUGUUGAAAGACAAUAUGGAUUCCUUGAGCAAUUAUAUUGAGUUUGUGACCUCACCGAACAAUCCUGAUGGUCAAUUAAAGAAAGCAGUUCUUCAAGGACCAUCAGUAACGACAAUUCAUGAUCUUGCCUACUUUUGGCCUCAUUUUACACCAAUCCCAGCUCCAGCUGAUGAGGACCUCAUGGUAUUUACAAUUUCUAAGCUCACCGGCCAUGCUGGCAGUAGAUUCGGGUGGGCACUGAUAAAGAAUGAGGCCGUGUACCAAAGAAUGCUAGCAUAUAUGAGUCUAAGUACACAUGGGGUCCCUCGAGAAACUCAAUUACGAGUUUUGAAGCUUCUAAAAGUAGUCCUUGAAGAAAAAGGAAGGGAAAUGUUCGAGUUCGGAUAUGAAGCAAUGAGGAGUCGGUGGAAAAAACUGGGUAAAGUCUUAUCGAUCUCAAAACGAUUUUCUCUCCAAGAUCUUGAGCAUCAAAAUUGUUCUUUUUCCAAGAUAUUCCGGGCGCCUUCUCCAGCAUUUGCAUGGCUGAAGUGCGAAAGGGAAGAAGAUAAAAACUGUUUUGAAGUCCUCAAAACAUCAAAUAUCAUUGGCCGCGAAGGUAGCUUGUUUGGCGCGGAAAGCCGUUUCGUGCGUCUAAGCCUUGUCAAGAGCCAAGAUGAUUUCGACUUACUACUUCAACGAAUGGAAACUUUAGUAGCGUUUGAAGAAAAAUAAGAACUGAUGUUUUGAAAAAAAUGGAAGCAAAAUCAAUA